GUAUGUCGCUCUUUUUUUUUUCUCUUCGCCCUCGUCUCCGUCCGUAACGCGAUUUCGUCCGUCUUCGUCGUUUGUUGUUUGUUUUCGUUACGUCCGCUGUGUUGUUAUUUAUUUUUUGGUAUUGUUUCCUUCUGUUGUUUUGCUCCUUUUUCGAUCGUAACAUUGCUUCUCGACCGAUACUUCUGUUGUUGAAGCGUCGGCGAAAACCGCGAGUCUCUUGUGAACAUUGCUCCAUCGGAUGGAUGGUUGUUUUAUUGUUUUUUUCGCGAGUUUUUCCUGUCUUGAGAGGCAGGCAGUUGGGCGCGAACCGUCCGUCUGCUACACAGUGUUUGGUCGUGCGCUCAUCGAAGGGGGGCGGAGAAGAAGAGAGAAGGCGUUUUGUGAUUCGUCGACGGCGGCAAUGCACAGGAAUCAUCGAACCAGCGUUUUUCGUGAUGAUGUUGAUGACGUUCGGAUGACUCGUCUGGAGCUCUUAUGAAUGGAGGAAUGUGCGUGCGUUGAACUUGGGGGGCAACAAUAAUAAUAACAGCAGUAACCGGCGUAUCUAUAGAGAGUGGGAAAAAAAAGAGAGACGGACAGAUUUUCUUUCGUUUCCCCGCUAUAGUUUUUUUUUUUUGGAUUUUUUUCGCAGGGGCGACGAAAAUAAAACAUGAAAGGGGCCGAACUAUCCUCGCCGCCAUCCAAGAGCAGCAGCCUCAUGAUUUCCUGACCCGCUUUCGGGUUUCGCGUUUGUUGCUCUCUUGCAGAUGCAACCGUUAGCCUCCGAUCCGGAGUGAGAAGAUCUAUCUGUUCCUUUCCUGCAAAUGGUACAUACACAUUUCCUAUCGUAGUAUAGGAGCACACAGAAAAGAAAAGCUAACUGAAGACAACGCACUAAUAAUCAUCGGAAUCGUAAUAACAAGAACUCUCCGUUGCAUGUUCUCGCAGAUCGCUCACAAAUCUGGACAAGGAGCGAACGCGCGCUCUCCGAAACACGCAGAAACUGGGGAAAAAAGGGCGAAAAUCCGAGCACUUUCUGGGAAGAUUUUCGUACGACAUUUUUUUUAAGACGUACGGUUAUUGAUUUGCCUUAAAGGCUUGGCCCGGCGAAUAUUACGGACUAUACAUGGUUUAUAGGGGUCUUACGUGGUUUCCAUUGGCUCACUGACUCGUAAAAAGAAAAGAAGAGGAGCGAAAAAAAAAGAAGAAUCCCAUACACACAGACACUCUUCGAUAUAUAUAUACACACAGAUAUAUAUAUAUACAGCACAUACACACGCAAACACGCAGCGAGGGAGACACCAGAGAUUUUUUUCCUACCAGACGACGAUUUUUUUUUUCUACGGAAUUUUCCAAAUGCCCGAGCGGUUCCAAUACGCGCCUCAAUAUUUUCGGAAACCGCGGUGUGAGCUGUGCAGUGCGUUUACGAUCAGGAAGUAGUAAGCAAACGGUGUAUUAAAUGCCACAGUUUUUUGUUCGGUCUUCGGAUUUCCACUGCGGGAAAGUUUCCAGUAAAGUAUUGAUUAUUCCAAUGUUUUGAGGAGCCCCCAUCGGGCAGCUGUGUACAAGUGCUGUGUUGAGUCGCAGAGUGCAAUCUUCCCCCAUUCUCUGUCCACCCUGGGAUUAGGGGUGCUGCCGGAAAGGAAUAUGCUGCCACAGCAGUACUGCCUCCGAUGGAGGUAUCACCACUCUAACCUGCAGACCAUGUUUUCGCAGUUGCUAGAAAGGGAGGCCUUCUGCGAUGUGACAUUAGCAUGUGAGGGUAGGACGAUCAGGGCCCACAAGAUAGUAUUAUCAGCAUGCAGCACUUACUUUGACAGCAUUCUGUCUCAGUACGAGGAGAAAGAUCCCAUUCUGAUCAUGAAGGAUGUGAAAUAUGUGGACAUCAAGUGUUUGGUGGAGUUUAUGUACAAAGGGGAGAUCAAUGUGGACCAUUGCCACCUAGCCACAUUGCUGAAGACCGCGGAGGAGCUCAGGAUCAAAGGGCUGGCGGAGGUGUCCUGGAAGGAUGAGGAUGGUCCCGGCACCGACCUGACCACGAACGGUCUGCAAUCCGUACUACCUCAUGUGUCGACUGUGAUGGAAACGCCGAAGGGCCACAGCGACACGAUUAGCAAAAGGAAAAGGGGUCGGCCUCCUAUAGACGACUACGAUCCAACGUUUCCUGCCCCGAAGAUAGUGAAUGUAACUGGAGGUGUUAGUGGCAAUGACGAGACUUAUUCCAACGAUGCUAUGUCGAACAGUGAUCAAGACCAAAGCGCAUGGGAGGACGACCAACCCGCCAACGACACUGAGGACAACCACCCAGAACUCAAAGAAUCACUCCUCAAAGUAAAAACGGAAAUUGUUGAUGAUGAGAUGGACGACCACACCUACUCGGAGCAGGGGAACGGGAAGAGCGAAGCUUCGUCGACGUCGUCGAGCGUCACGACGAAGGGUUCGUCGGUGGCGAAUUCGGUGAAGCCGUCGUGUUCCUCGAAUAGCACGGGGGGCGCGAUGGCCACGCCCUCAGCGGUCACGGCCGCCCUCGAGAAGGAGUGGCCGGACGUGGUGAAGAUGAACGACUAUCUGAACACGGGCCGCAGACAGCAGUUCUGGGAGGAGCCAUUCACGAAGCGAGUCAUGGAUGCGAUCAAGACCAAGAACCUGGAGAUGAAGAUCGCCGCCGAGCUGCUGGGUGUCUCUUAUGGUACACUCUAUGGGCGGUACCGAGACGCCUACGGUUGCCUCAAGCAUCCUUACAGGGUAAGAGAUUUUUGGACGGAACAAGGUCCAACGGAUAUCCUUCUGAAGCUGAAACGCAAGGAGAUUACGUUAUUCAGAGCUGCGGAACAGCUGAACGUGACGCCGCAGACGUUAUCGAAUUAUUUGAUCUCAAUGUCGGUUUUGGAUAACGAGGCCAACAUGUCUGGCCAGGCCAACACCGGCGACAACUACGAUGAUAUGGACUCGGACGAAGAGCCUGAUGCGAUCCUUCCGGACAUCCCAACAGCCAGCAACGUUACAUACAAAACCACAACGCAAUCUGCAUCCACCUCCAAUUCCGUACUUGCCAACUGUCCGGACAUCACCAUCAUCAAGAAGGAAAAGAUAGAUAACAACAACAUGGACAAACAUUAGCAAUGCACAGGCUGUAUCAGAAAUGACAUGCAUAAAAUGGAAAUAUAUCGGCAUAGAGGAGAUUUCCUGCAGGGAUCGUUAUGUGUUUAGAUGAAAGAAGUAAUAAUAAAUAAACAUAAUAAGAAACAAUGCCGCGAAGUCACUAGAAGUAUGUAUGUGUAUUGCUUCGUAAUAUUUAGUUGAAAAAAAAAAUCGUAUAUACAUAUAAUACACGGAUGGAUUUAUCGAAAUCGAAUCAUUCCAUUGAAGAAAGGAGAAUUAAACGAUUCAACAAAUAGAAACAGAUACUCUGGGAACCAAUAUUUGCUGUCACAAAUAGACAUGAACUGUGACCUCUUCAGCUGGAAGAGGCGUUUGUUUUGGAUGCUACUGCGAUCAUCGGUAAGACCUACAAACGCGGAUAGCAACAAGAUUUUUUUAUAUAUAUAUUAAUUAAACAAACAAGAAAAAAUGUAUCAGUAUUUCAACCCAAAAAUUUUACUUUUUUUAU